UACUUUAAGAGAACAGGCACAGUUAAAACUGUUUUCUCUUUUGAAAGGAGACGACUGUUUCACUUUUAGCAUUUCAGAGAAACUGUUCACCUUUGGCUUCUAGUUCCAAAGAUAAGACUUAAAAAUAUUUGUAUUAGUUAUUGGCCAUUUGAUUAGCUUCAAUAUUCUGAACUCAAGUGCAAUUAUUUUGUAUGUAAAACAAAUAUGUACUGUACAGUGGUAAAGGAAAUGCAUUCAUGUCUUCUGCUGUCAGAUAGAAAAGAAAAUACUGUGAGACAGGAUGUGAGCUAAAAAUAGCAUCAAGCAGCCACCAGAUAUUUUGCAUUCUGGGUUCCUCUAAAAAGAAGAAAGCGAAACUCUGCAAGGGGGUGCAUGAGGUGUUGCAUAUCUCAGUUUUAUGAAUUCUUCUUUGUUCCUCUUUAUUGGUAAUUCUGAAAAUUCAUGCAACAGCUUUUCUGAUAAAUGAAAAUAAAAAUGCUGUCAGAAAAGAGAAAUGUGUGGAAAUACAAGAACAGAUGCAGCAAUGUUAGCAUGAAAGCAUCACAUACCACAAAAGGUAAAUAGUAAUAUUUUGACUGCUAAAAUGUUUUACUCAGGGCUUUAUCUUUGAUUUAAUCUAAUCAGAUUUCAUGUUCAACACUGUGGGCAGCAGGAGGAAAAGAUGUCUUAUCACUGCACCCUCAGUUUCCUGUUCAUUAGGUACACCCUAUGUAGCCAGUGCAACAAUACUACAAUAACUUCUACUGUCAUGAAAGUAAAACACAAAACGCAUCCUCUGCAUAUCAGACUGAGGUACAACAAGACCAUACUGCAAGUUAAGUUUACUUGAGGGAAGGUUAUGGCCUCCUUUCUUUGAACAUUUCUCACUACUUUUGGGGGAAAAAAUGCAAACUGUUUAAAAAUAUAUGUUACUGCAUAAAUAUUGCUUUAACAAAAAGCAAAUAAGCUCCAGCACCCCCGCGACCCUAGUGAGGAUAAAGCGGUGUAUAGAGAAUGGAUGGAUGGAUAAUUGCUUGUAAAAGUGUACACAUUCUUACAGGUUAAAGCCUAAAGCUUUACAUACACACCAAGUAUGGAGGUAUGUGCUUAAAGUGCUUUUUUGGAUUAAGACUGAGCUUACAGGAUUAGAAUGUUCCACUAGCUGGACAGACACCAUAAAUAGAUCAGCCCGACGCUGAUCAGAGCUGGAGAAGAAUCAGCAUUGAAUAGCAAAGUAUUUCAACCAGAGGGCUGCUUCUGCUCGGUACGUUCAGGUGAGUGUGUGUAGUAUCGUUGAAUGGAGUCUAAGACAAUGCAUAUUUAAAGUUUCACUACGUUUCUAUAUUGCAACCUUUCAUUCAGGUGUAAUUAUAAUAUACAGAAGCAGUAGUGGAGGUGGAAGUGUUCAAAUACUGUACUUUAGUAGAACAAUCAAUAUAACAAUGUUAAAAACUAUUAGAAGUAGUGCCGUCAAAAUCCUUCCUGAACGAAACCAAUACUGUGAUAUUCGGCUAAAAUACUCUAUGUGACUGGUAACUUGUUUUUAGGAACAUAAUUGGAGACAAAUAAAAACCUUCUGUUCAAAUUUAAUUUUCUAUUUUUUGUCCUUUGUCAAAACAAUAACAAUAAAAAUCAUAAUUUACAUUCUUUGACCCUUUUCUGAAUAUGAUUCCCGCAGAUGGAAAAUUAUUAGAAAAUAUUAAAGCAGUACAUAUUUCAUUGCCUUGUGUGCUUAGUAGCUGUACCUCCUGAAUAAAUGGAUAGACCUAAGUAAGUAGACAACAACACAAAACGAAUGCUCAAGUAAAGUGCGUCAAUACAGGUCAAGAGCAAAUCUCUCCUCCAUCGAUAUGUUAGUUUAAUUUUGGAUUUAUUAUGGAUGGUAUUCAUUAAUUGCAGUCUUCUUUUUUCCACAGCAAUGGCUGAUGUCUUCAGAGGCCUAAACCUCCUGGAAACCCUCAAAGAGUCAAUAGAGAGCAACAAGUUAGCAGACGUUAAGGAUGCAGUGGAAGAUCUCCUGAUCAGCAGGAUCAACUUGGCUGUGGUGGGAGACCGUGGAGAUGAAAAAGCCUUCUUCAUGAAUUCCCUCCGUGGCCUCGGGCCUGGAGAUGAGGGAGCAGCUCCUUCUCCAUCCCCUGCUGCCUCAGAGGAAGUGGCCGGCUACCCCAACCCUAAACACCCUGAUUUCCGCCUGUGGGACCUGCCACCCGUCCCAACCACGUCGCCAUUUGAACCAGAGGGGUACAUGGACAGAGUGAAGUUUCUCCGCUACAAUGCCGUCUUUAUGACAUUCACUGAGACACCCCAACCCAACAGUGUGGAGGUUUUCUUAGAAGCCCGUUCACUGCAGAGACAAACUGUGUACUUUAUUCUCCUGGCAUCUGUGAAAGACACAGAAAAGAGCCUGGAAGAAAGAAGGAAAGCCAGUCUGGAGGUGCUGACAUCACAGGGUGUGGCACAGCCUAAAGUCUACCUGGUCACACCUUUGACCUUGGAGAAGUUUGACUUUCCUGGCCUGUUGGAGGACAUGGGGAAGAACCUUCCAGAGAUCCGAGCAAACGCCCUGCUCUUGGCUCUACCUACACUCACAUCAACCCUGGUCAGCCAGAAAAAGGAUGCAUUCAAAGCACUGGUUUGGGCAGCUGCCUCUCUAUCUGGUGGCAUGUCUGCUAUCCCUGUUCCCCUGGUGGCCUCUAUGGUGGACUCAAGCAUAGCAGUGCGGAUCCUGACAAAAGCACAAUUAUCUCUGUGCCUGGAUGAUGAAUCGGUGGAACGACUGGCCCGGCAGCGUGGCAAAGAACCCGCACGACUUAAAGUGCUGCGGACCUGUGCACUUUCAGUGGAGGUCACUAAAGGCGAAGUGAAAACCCGCCUGACAGCGGCAGAGAAGGACUUAGCCACUGUUUCAUCAAAGCUGCUGGAGAUGGCAAUGCCGAGGCAUGCCCGCUCUGCCAGCCGCUCAUUCACUGCCAUGCUGCAAGCGUUAAAUGGUGCUAUUGAUGAAAUGGCAGCUGAUGCUGAGAAGAUAGUGUCUGCUGCUCUUGAAGAGAGGAAAUGAAUGAAUGAUUUUCUCUUUGUGUGAGGUUUCCUGUUUAUGUGUGGUACUCUUUGUAUGCUUUGGAAUAUAAGAAACACACAAUUCAUACGAUAUCUCCAAAUCUUUUGAUACAGUAUAUUUUCACUCUUAGUACUCAUGAACACUGUAAAUACUGUGUAGACAUAAAUCCUGCAAAUAAAUGCCAAGUACUCUACGUUA